GACGCUGUCGCCAGAGUUCAACUACCGCGUGUCAGUUCCCAUCACCUCUUUGCAUGACCAGCGGAUCUGCAUCGAGCUCUACGAUCAUGACUUCAUCACCAGGGACGACUUUCUGGGCAAAGUCAGCAUUCCCGUGGAGUUGCUGGCCACCUGGGGGAAAGACAAGAAAGUCACCGUCUCCCUACGGAACGAGUUUGACGAGAAAGGGAAGAAUGGCUCCGUGACCAUCAGUGCUGAGUGGCAGCCAGUGGUCCAGGAAACCGAUGUCGCCGGAGAGGACCACCCCGCUGGAGUCAUCACAGCUGGCGUGUUCUGUGCGAUGCAGUUGCCCAACGUGGACUCAGACACACAGUACUGGGUCACCGCCACCUGCACCGAGUUGAUGCCCUGCGCCGUGCAGCACGAUACGGGAAAAGAACAAGACAACGAGCUGGCCACCGAGAAGACCCGUGCCACAGAGGUGCAGGAGGAGUGGGACGAAAAGUCCGACCCUGUGAGCCUACGGCUGAUGAAAGAGAAAGUUGACAUCCUGCGCAAGCAUGGGAUGGGCGACGCGGACAUCAUGAAGGUGUUAGACAUGGCGGGGGCCGCAAACAAGCUCGAGGCCGACAACGAUGUGGCAGCCAGGUUCCUGCUAGACAGGGCAUCCGGCGGCCGGAUCCCGAGGUGGCGCCGGGGCCUCCAGUUCCUUACGAAGAAGGCACCAGACGCAGCCAUAACCUUCCGCUUACACAGCCAGAAGGGCGAGAAAACGCAGGUUCUUGGACAGUACCGGCGGCAGCUGAGGGACCUUGAGCACCUUCCCGAGAUGACAGCCUACGAGACU